AUGUCAAAACCAGUACACAUCAAAAAUGAAAUACUGAGGUCUGACACUGGUUUGAUCAUCAAUCCAUACAAAGCCUGUCCACACUCAGAAACAAGACAUAAACAGGACUUUACAGGCAAGGUCAAGCAAUCAAUAACAGGUUUUCAUCCAGGGCUACAGGGGCUUUCCCAUCCAGAUCAAGUGAUCACGAACCGGUCUCCAUCCAGGGCUACAGUGUUUUCCGACCAGGUCAAACAUCAAGUAACCUAUCUCCAUCCAGGGCUGCAGGUAUACAAAAACUCGAUGAAUAUUCAAUCGCGAUCUUUUAUGUUUUCAAAGCAUCUAUACCAUCCAGGUCAAGGUUCAAGGAUCCAAUCAAAAUCCAUGGUUUCAGUAUCUAUUCCGUCCAGGUCAAGCUUCAAGGAUCCAGAUUCAGUCCGUGGCUAUAGAACGAUGACCAAAUCUACAUCCAUUAUGGAAGUGUGUUUACGAUCCGGCUACACAAUGAAAAUUUUGGUUUCUAUCCAGUGCAACAUGUAUAUACAUCUAGUUGGGCCUUUACUUACUGUUGGCUUUAUUUUUCUACUUUCUUUACCGUCAAAGCCAGUCAUCAAGGAUCCAAUAUCUGUCCAGUGUUACAGGUAUACACUUCUCUUUGGUUUUUUAUCCAUUGUCAAUUUUAAUUUUUUCGUGUUCUUACCUUCUGAACCAGUAAUCGAGGAUUUAAUAUCUGCCAAGAAUAACAGUGUCUUUACCAUCCAGGUCAACUAUUAUGGCUCCAAUCUCUGUCUAGUGUUACAGGCUGUGAUCCUCAUCCAGGGUAACAGCUAUGCAAUUCUGCUUAAAUCUUUACCUAUUAUGGCUUAUAAUAGUUUAGUGUGUUUUACUGUUCAGAUGAACUAUCAAGCAUAUGGUAUCAGUCCAGUGUUAAAGUGGUUUUACCAUCGAGGGCAACGACUAAGGAUCAGGCCUCAAUCCAUUUCAUUACUAUGUAUGCUAAAUAACAAGAAUCCACUAUCCCCGUCAAAGGUCAUAGUCAAGGCCAAUCGAUCAAGGUUUACAGUCCUCCAAGCCCAAGCCAACGAUCAAAGCUUUGAUAUUCUUUUGGGCUCACAGUCUACUCGCAGGAAAGGCCAACAAUCAAGAUACGACUCUCCUUCUUGGAUGUUAGUCCACGCCGAUUAUCAAUCUUCUGCUAUUCGUCGAGCCAAUGUCAUUUAUCAAGCGUUUUUAGAGUCAUGGUCAACGAUCAAGAUCCUGCUAUUAAUCCAACGCCUUAAGUAUAUAAGUGUAUUUAAAUAUUACUUUACUGCUGAUUGUAUCUAUUUAGUCUUUUUUUAUUCCAUUCCAGCUCUCACAGUUCCAUUCUCUAUCAAGAUUUACAGACAUACAGGUUCUUUUAUUGAAAUACGUUCUUACUACCAGCUUUCUUUUUCUAGUUUAGCACAGUUCAUACCAACGAUUAGGCUUCCGAUUUCCAUCCAGGGCUACAAGCAUACAUCUUUAUUACACCAUUUACUUGCAGCCUGUUUUAUAUGUCCAGAAUUUUCACAGCCCAUGUCAACAAUCAUGGCUUUGACUCACAUAUCUAGCCAUAGUCAUAGAGAUACAAGUCUCGUUGAGCAUUUACCUACUUCAAGCUGUAUAUUCCCAUAUUUUUUACAGAAAAGACAAGCGAUAAGGGUUUCACUCUCCAUAAAAGUUCUUGGUCAAGGCUUCCAAUCAAGAUUCUGCUAUUCAUCCAGGGUUAAAGCCCUUUCACAAUCCAGGGCAAUGAUCGGCGUUCCACAUUUCAUUGACGAUCACAGUCCUUUAAUUUCCAGAUCAAAAAAUUACCUCUGCUCUACAUCAUGGACCUGUCAAGGAUCGUUGUUUAACUCUUAUUCAUGGGGUACAGUCAAAUCCAACGCUAAGAAUCUCAGUCUCUAUCAAGGGUUACAGACAAGCCCAAAAAUCAAGAUUUCGGGCUCGAGCAUCAUAUACCUGCAUAUGCAUUUGUUUCAAUAA